UCAUUUAUCAAUUUCUAGAAAAUGUCAACAAACAUAGAGUGAACACAAAAUUAUUAAAAAUGAUUAAAAACGCAUUUAUUAGAAGUAGUCAUCAUCAUUUUUUAUAUCCUGACACAAAUAUUUAUGCCUGUGCUACUUUAUCAAAAAUAAGAAACUACAACACUAGUUUAAUAGAAGGUAAGAAAAAUUGGUCAGAUCAUGGAAAUGCUUUAAAAAAUACCAACUUACAAAACCCCAAUAUGAUUAUAAAAAGUUAUGUGCCCAAAUGGAACAUUUUAAGGUAUAAAAGUACAGAGCCUUCUACAGUACCUAAAAAAAACCCAGAUACAGAAGAAACUAAUAAGAAAAUAAUUGUACCUCUAACUUCAGGCGAGAAAUUAAAAAAGGCUGUUAAAGAGUAUGGCACGACAGUUAUUGUCUUUCACAUAGGAAUAUCUUUAAUGUCACUAGGAACGUGUUAUCUAUUGGUGUCAUCAGGCCUGGAUGUUACUAAAGUUUUCGCCGCAGUUGGACUGAACGAGUGGGCGACUAAAAGCCAAAUCGCAUCCAGCGCUGGGACGUUUGCAGUGGCUUAUGCCAUACACAAAGUCUUUAUGCCUGCUCGGAUUGCAAUCACGCUCACAUCUGUUCCUUUAAUCGUUAGGUAUUUAAGGAAGAUUGGGUUUCUUAAAAAGUAAGACUAGCAAAAGAUAUCGUGAUUUUUAUAAGUUUCUAAAGUGAAUGAAGAAGUUUUCGUUUGUUGUUUACGGUUUUAUCAUGACAAAGCCAAAAAUUAAAUUAAUUCUAAGGGAUUAUAGAUCAUUGCGUGACGGGAACACUUUUGGGUAGACUUUUGAUGUGUAAGUUCUUACAGAAUAAAGUGCAAAUAUUUUAUUUAUCUUAUUGAAAAGGCUGUGAUAAAUCUUGUAAUUUUACGAGAUGAAAUCAUUUAUGUACUAAGUACAAAUAAAAAGUAGUGACCUCGGACUAACAAAUCAGUUUCAUUGUUUUUUUUUUUAAUAUGAAAAAUAAUAUUACUUUUUAUAGGUACUUUAUUUUCAAAUCCUGUUUAUGCUUAUAAUAGAUUAUUUUAUAUAGGAUUGGCUUUACGAGUUAAUAUAUUGACUAUAAUUUU